AGCUGUGGUGUGUGUUCAUGCUGCUCAGCUGUGUGUGUGGAGGGGGAACAGUGCCAUCAACCAUCAGCAGCAGCAGCAGCAGCAUCUCCAGGCCGAUGAUGGAGACGGGUCCACGGGCAGAGCUGCAGUAGAGGACCCGGGCAGCAGGAGCAGGAGGAGGAGGAGGAGGAGGAGGAGGAUGAGGAUGAAGAGGAGGAUGAUGCCGCGGCUGUGCUGAGACACGAGCCCGAGCGGCGCCGCGUUCAGUCCGUGUCCAGCUGCGGCGUCACCUGCCGUGGAUGAUUUUCCCGAUGGGUUGCGGAGGGAGUCGGGCGGACGCGAUCAUCGAGCCGAGGUACCACGAGAGCUGGACCAGGGAGACGGAGUCGACGUGGCUCACCAACACCGACAUAGAGACUCCUCUGCCGGUGGCGAACAGUAAAGCUCUGGAGGCCGGUCUGAGAGAGAAGAGGACGGUGAACACAGGGACCCAGUGUGGGAAGCAGGGCCUCAACACCUCCGGCUCCAACCACCAGAGGAGACCCAGACGCUCCCUGAGUGAUCAAACUGCUCGUGACUCCAAGAGGAGGGCGUCAAAGGAGGCCAACGUUUUGUCUAAGGAUGGCCAGCCUGUCAACAUCAACAGCAGCGAAGACGCUGAACCCGGGAACGUGUGUGACGAAAGAUGAAGAAGAGCCGAAGCUCUGCGAGGAGAAAAGAUUGGCCCAAGCUGUGAGCAGUUUACCAAAAGAUGGGAGGGUAGGUUUUUACCGAUGUGUGCGGAUGACGUUUGCCAGAUCGUGACUGCUGAGCUCAGUGAUUUACAACAAAAGCACCUACAUAAUGUCUCCAUCCAAAGAUCUCGGGAUGCUGCGUCUUUGCUGUGCCAUUGCGAAUGCAUGUGAGGAGCAGAGAGUGGUCCGCAAACACUCUCACACCGAGCUUUUCUGCCAUGCUUAUGGUGCCCGGUCAGGGAACGCGUCACCAUGUGAAGCCAGUUUUACGAAAAGAAAAAAACAACCCACAAGAGCGGGCCGUCCCAUAUGCACAUGAUAAUCACAAUCUGCACAUCAAAUGUAUUCUGUGUGGGGCCUUCCUCAAGAAUUAGCUUCAGUUCUUUGUGCAAGUGUUUUCCUUUCUGCUGCGAAUGAGAAACAAAAGUGUGGGAACCAAUGAUGACGAUGAUGUUUAACCUCAGUCGAUGCUGUAAAUGAUUUUCAUUUAGGACAACCUGAAGUGCUGUUUAAGAGUCUUGAAGGCUGAAGGCUAUUUUUUCCAGCCUUUGCAGGAUAAAGAAAACAAACACACCCGCAUGUGCCUACAAUUCAUUUUAAAUUUGAACUGCUCCUGUGUUCACUUUGAGAAGUUAUUUAUUUUUCAAACUUUGUUCAGUGCUGUAUUUUUCUCUUACGUCUUCUUUUUAUGUGGUAUUAUUUGACACUUUUUUUUAACCACAGAGUAUUGUAACAAUGUCUCAUUUGUGUGGCUUAUACUGAUCUGCAUGUAUCAAUCGAUCAUAAAUUGAUUCUGCAUUGAUGACAAAUAAGUCUGUGCACAAAUAUAACAUAAACCAGUACACAUGGAAACAGUUCAGGAUGGAUCGCCAGGUUGCUCUGCAGCCACCAGGUGGCGCUGUUGACAAGCUGGGGUCUUACUAAUGGAGGAUCCACAAGAGGACAACAAAAGCCUCUUAAAGAGAACUAUUCAUUUAAUUAAGGAUCUUCAGUUCGUCUCUGCUGGAAAGUUAAUUAAAGUCACUCUGUUGCUCACUUCUUGUCAUUUGAUGAUUAUGUCCUCGCCAAGUGUUCACUGAGAUGAUGAUGAUGAUGAUGAUGAUGAUGAUGAAGAUGAUGAUGAUGAUGAUUAUGAUGAUGAAAUUUGUACAGGCCAACUUUGAACUUUAUCAAAAAAGAUCCUCCACAAUUUUCCCUCUUUGUAUUAAAAUUGUUGUCAGCUUCUGGAGUUGUGGAACCAACAAAA